UCACUCUAUAAUCAGUUAAGUUUGUGACUCUAAUGUUAGAAAUGCAACAAGAGAAACCAUAAUUACAGUAUUAGUAAGAGUUUUAUUUUUUUACAUUCAUUGUGGGCCUUUUGACAUUUUUCUGAGAUAUCUUACUGUUUAAAGUGCUGUGGUCUCAGUAGCCAUUUCUAGUACUUUCUCCUUACUGCGCUCUGCUCCUAAAAUGUAUCACAUGAUUAUUACAGUAAUUCCCAUAAUGAGACUGCUCCAUCUUCCAGAACAACCCGGGAGAUCUUUGCGUAAACAUGGCAUGCAUCCACUGCGAGCUGAGCCACAUCCAGGGCAGACUGCAGCCUGCAGACUGAGCAGGGCUGAAACGUGAUGGAGUAAUCACCGGAGCGGCACAAAAUAGGGGAUAAUGUCUGGUGGGUGGGGAGAGAAGAGGAGAGAGAGGGCGCUGUGUGGAGGAGCUGAGGCACUGGCCUAGAUGUGUGAAACGCCAUGGGUUGCCUUUUUUGGUUCACUGGUUGACUUCUAGAGGCAACUCUUGAUGCAGUUUUAAGCCAUAAAACAAAGAAAAGUUGUGCAGACAUGAUAUCUAUCAUUUUAAAGGAGAGCAUCAAUAACCACAGUGUACACAGAUGAACAUGGAACAUGUGAAUGAAACACUAACACGAAAAGUGAGUCUGUCAUAUCGCUGGACAGGCAUCCACACAAGUUUGUGUGAUAAAGAUGUCCUUGGAGUCAGACAGUGACAAAAGUUCAUCGGGAGGCGCUGAUGAAAAACCUCCGCGGGCAGCGCAGGAGCGCAGAUGCUGCAUGGAGACAUGCGCCACUCCGCUGCUCUGGGACAAACGGAGAGAGACGUGGCUCAGACUCUCCGCGACAUGGACUUGCAGAAGAGUGUCCUCUGCUGUCUGCGUCGCCUCCGUCUCUGCUCUCGUCGCUCUGCUGCUCAGAUUGGUGGAGUGGGAUGCAGGCAGGAGCAGCGGAAAUAGUAGCUGCGUCGGCUCUCGUUUCCACUCAGCGGCGGGCUGCGCUGCGGAGCUGCUUUUCGCUGCGUGUCGCUGCGUCUCGCCCGUUUUUACGCUCGUAUGUGCCUUCUUCUGGCUCUGGCUCUGCUUCAUUCGCUGCGGGCUGCCGAUCCGGAGCGCGCUGAUCCUGUUAGCGCUGUGCCACCUGGGCGAAGCCGCGGCGCAGUCGCUGCUGCGCGGCGCGGAGGAGCUGUCAUCCCUCACCGCAACCCUGGUAGUCCUCGGCUGCCUGGGCGGCGGGGCUCUGCUGGUCGUCCGGCCGGGACAGGGAGUGUCCAUCCUCGUCUUUAUUAGCGUCAUCAGGGCCGUGUCUCCUCUGUGUCUGAGCAGUUGGAGACCCUACCUGGCCUACCUACUGGGGCUGUUGGGGGUUUUGCUUGCGAGUUAUGCUGACCGGCUUCUGCCGGCCUCAGGGACCAGCGGGACGGGGUGCUGUGGCUCUGUGACCGGGCCGAAGGAGGAGGACAUCCCUGUCUUCAAAAGGAGACGGAGGUCCAGCUCCAUAGCGGCCUCGGAGAUGAUGGCUCAUAGUCAGAGCAACAGCAAGUCCCACCGCAGGACUUCGCUGCCCUGCAUUCCGCGGGACCAGUUUUCUGGCACUAGUGUGGUGGUGGACAUUGCGGUAAUGGGAGAGGCCCACGGUUUGAUCUCAGAUCUGCUGGCAGACCCCUCCCUGCCCCCGAACACCUGCAGCUCUCUGAAAGCUGUCAGCAAUCUCCUCAGCACCCAGAUCAACAUCCAGCCGCUCCAUCGACCUCGCAUCCUGACAGAUCCCCACGUCUGCUCCGACUCAGAGGACGGAACAGAAAAAGGAGACAGAUUGGCCAUCCCAAAGCGUCUCAGAAGGAGUCUGCCGCCAGGAUUGCUGAGAAGAAUUUCAUCAACAUGGACCACGACUACAUCAGCUACAGGCCUGCCCACCAUAGAGCCAGGCCCUGUACGGCGAGAUCGCUCAGCAAGCAUCAAGCCCACUGUGGACAGUGAAUAUAGGAACAACCCAUUGAUGAUAACCAUCUCAAAGAGCCGCUCCAUGUCAGCUACCUACACUGCCUCUGGCACUUCCAACCACCUCUACAGCAAACCACUGGGAAGACCAGGUUUCCCCCCCUCCAAUGUGUCACCUCUGGGCUCUCCAUCUCCGUCUCCUCCUGUUCAGGGAACUCCUGUCUCCAGCCCUACAAUAAAGACAUGUUCAGUGCAGCUUCCUGAGCUGGUGGGGCAACUGACAGAACAGGUUCCUGUGUCUAUAGCCCCUAAGAGCCAUCACAGAGCCUUAACUCACAGCCAGAGCGCCCCAAGCUCCACCACAAUUCACUGGCGGCCUCCAUCACUCUGUGGCAGCUGCGGCAGGCCGUUCAGCAAUCGACUAAACAAUGGAGUAGAAUCAGGCAGCAAAACAGACAGAAUACCCCAUCCAGAUGAGAGAGUUGUAGCUUCCUCAGAUUAUGACAGCACCUAUGACAGCACUUAUGAGACCAACCACAGUGACAGCAGCGACUUUGCACAAAACGAUGAAGAGGGAGAGGGAGGCAAGAAGCCACCUGAAGUGAGGGAUGGCUGUAGGGAGUGCCCGACAGAGGGCAUUGUUCUUCACCCUCUACUGCCAUCACCAGUGGACAAGUCAGCGUCUGCCCCGGAGAGUCCAGUCAUGCCGGGUCUGGAACCCCUGAUGAGUCAACUCAACAACUGGAACUUCCCCAUUUUCAGCCUUGUGGAGAAGACUAAUGGUAAAACAGGCUGCAUCCUCAGCCAGGUUUCCUAUCGACUAUUUGAAGACACUGGUUUGUUUGAGACAUUCAAGAUUCCUAUUAAAGAGUUUAUGAACUACUUUCAUGCCUUGGAGAAUGGAUACAGGGACAUACCUUAUCACAAUCGAAUCCAUGCAACUGAUGUUCUGCACGCGGUGUGGUACCUCACCACGCAGCCGGUACCGGGUCUGCCCACCCUGCCCAUGGAGAAUGGGAUACACACUGAAACGGAAAACAGCGUUACACCUGGAGGGUCAGGGUUCCUGGUGUCCAAGAUGAGCUCUAAGCUAGAAGAUGGCUAUGGCUUCCUGUGCGGUCUGAUUCCAGCUCUGGAGCUCAUGGCUCUCUAUGUUGCUGCUGCCAUGCAUGAUUAUGACCACCCGGGAAGAACAAAUGCCUUUCUGGUAGCAACAAGUGCACCACAGGCUCUUCUUUACAAUGACAGGUCGGUGCUGGAAAACCACCACGCUGCAGCAGCCUGGAACCUCUUCAUGUCCCAACCAGAGUUUAACUUCCUGGCCAACCUUGAACAUGUGGAGUUCAAGCGGUUCCGUUUUCUUGUCAUCGAAGCAAUCUUGGCCACCGACCUCAAAAAGCACUUUGACUUCCUUGCAGAAUUUAAUGCAAAGGUGGGUGAUGAAGGUGUGUCUGGCAUUGACUGGACCAAUGAAAACGACCGAUUGCUGGUGUGCCAGAUGUGCAUCAAGCUAGCCGAUGUCAAUGGGCCACUAAAGAAUAAGGAGCUACAUCUGCAGUGGACAGAAGGGAUUGUCAAUGAGUUCUAUGAACAAGGUGAUGAAGAGGCCACUUUAGGCCUUCCUAUCAGCCCAUUCAUGGACCGCUCUGCCCCCCAGCUUGCCAAACUACAACAGUCCUUCAUCUCCCACAUAGUGGGACCACUGUGCUCCUCCUACGACUCUGCUGCUCUGAUGCCAGGACGCUGGGUGGACCCGUCUGAAGAGGCGGCUGAGCUGGAUGCAGAAAAGGAAGGACAGGAUACAGAGGAGGAGGAGGAGGAGGAGGAGGACACAGCGGAUGAGGAUGCCUCAACAGAGCAUCAGGAAACAAAAAAGCUGCACAGACGGAAGGUCUUUUGUCAGAUCACGCAACAUCUUCUGGAAAACCACGAAAUGUGGAAACGUGUAAUUACAAGCGAAGCCUCUCCCGAGGAGACCCAAGAAGAAAAUACCAACUGCUUAGGGAACCCCGUGGAUUCAAUCACAGCAAUCCGCGAGGAGGAGGAGGAGCAGGCAAGCAAAGAAGAAGAGUCAGCCGACGACCCCGAUGAAGGGGAAGAGGCAGCGGAGGAAGAAGAAGUCCUUCCACAAUCAGAGACCUCAGGAGAAAAAGAGGAAGUUCCAGAAUGAGAUUAUGGAUUUGAACCUCCUCUUAAACCAGGAAUCUUGACCAUCCUUUGAAAAUGUUUGAUUCUUUCCUAACCAAACUCUUUGUACGGUAGCCAGCACAUCACUUUUUGACACAACACUGUAGAAGAUGUUUUGGGUAAAACGUGCCUAACAAAAACAGGGUCGAGGACUGGGAUGAUGCAUGACCAGUAUAUCUGAUAAGGAGAUGAGCAGAAGAAGAAGAAAUAAGAGAAACAGAGUAGUGAUUACAAAUAAUGGACUCAGAUUUUGUUUGUUUUUUUUAACUGUAGCACUUGUUUUACUGUGGAUCUGGAAUCCUGCCCUCACCCAGGCUGCCCCUGUGCACUAAUGCAUCAGCAACUGUUCUUCCAGAAUCUCCCACUUUAUUAUCAGUCAGUGUAGCCCCCUCAGCUGGACAAAGGCGUGCAGCAAGCCCCUUCUUCAGGACAGUUGAAUGAAAGUCAGCCUAAAUCUGUUGUCGGACAUUUGGAUUAAAGAAGACCAGUUCGACACAAUCACACUCACAUUCCACGCUUCAAACUGAGAAAAAGUUAGAGAACCUUGUAGCUCCAAAAGCUUGAUUUUAGCUCAAGGAAAACAAUGUUUUAGCAUUUAUUUUCUCUCCCAUUUUUUUUUUUUAUAUAUUUUUUUGGCUAUUCAGUCCAAAAAGACACCAGACUGAAAAACUCAGGAAAGCAGAUUUAGAAUAACAAAAGGACUUCUGACAUCCUUGUCCUUUUAUUUCCCUCUGCUUAUUUUCUUUUCUUUGUUUUCUGUCCUCUGAAUACCCACAAAUGUCGGGCUAGAUUCCCAUAACAUGGCAGAAACCAAAAUAGAGUAAAAGAAACGCUCAUGUUGGUAGUUUGGUGAAAUCUUUGAGAAUGUAAAAUAAUUGUUGUAGUGAAUGCGGCUACUGCUAAGUUUCAGCUCAAAAUCACCCAAUAUUUACAGAAAUAAGACCUGAAAGGCCCUUUGGCAUCCAGGAGGCGCUGUGUACCUACAAGAAGUUGUUUAGAUGUCAGAUUUUAAAAAAGGGUAGUCAAGCUUUUAUUUUUAUUUUCUUUAUAAAUUUAAAAGAAACAAUAAAAAAGAUGUUAGGGAAACUUAAGUAGCAUGUAUAUGUAGCCCUUUUCUCAAUAGUAGCAUGGAGAAAAUGCAGAAUAAGAGGUGUAAGCACUUUAAAUUACAGCAACAUUUUUAUUUCAAGUUGACACAGAUCCUGUAGGAGAAGGUUCUUCCAUUCAUACUUUACACUCUAAAAACUGCUGGGUUAUAAACAACCUAAUGAGCAAUUAUUUUGCUUUUAGUUAAAAAUGCAGAUGCCUUUAACAGCCUUGAGUUGAUUUUAAAAAACAGGAUAGAGCAAUUGGUUUCAUACUAUUGAGUCAAAUUUAGGGCUGGGUAAUUAAUUGAAUUUGCAAUAUAUUUGCAAUUUAACAAAAUACAACUUUCGUACUGCAGAGGUUAUCCAGUACAGUGGCAUUACGUUUUACAA